AUGUUCUCGGGGACUCCCCUCCCAAGGGGUUCAGCAUUUAGAGGGAAGGAAAUUCCCAGAAGCCCCCCUGAUGGCCAAACAGAUGAUUUGACACCACCCACAGAGACCCAGGGCCUCACUCCCAACGUCACCAGGGAGAAGAAACCCUCCUGUACCAAGCCUUCAGGAAUCAUCAUGAGGAAAGUUCAGGAGGCCAAAGUCACACCCGAGGGGGAGACAUGGAACGACGCAAACGACAUAUUAAAGAAGGACAGACGAGACAGCGAGACGCCGACGGGAAGGAGGAAAACUCGAACACCCCGCAGCGCUCGGCGGGGGACCUACACCCUGAGCUCUGCUCCGCUUGGCGUAGAACCAGAGGAAACACCUGUAAGCAUCCCCCAGGGGACAGAGAUCCCGAGGUCUCCGUUUGUCCACUCUGCAGCUAACAACUCACACGCAGACCCACAGAGGCCAACGGUAUCUCGUGAGGAUGUCAGCAAAGAGAGAGCCUACAGUCACGGCGGUUCCAGUAACAACAUGUAUACAAGCGCUGGAACGGCUAGAACUGACAUGGAAAUGACUCACAACCUGACCAACAAGGUGCACAAAGAUGUGGACACGAGCUGCGCGGACACAGAUGGUCCACAGAAGAGGAGGAGUCCAGAGGAUGAGAAGUGGAGGAGGCUGGUGGACCAGAGUCCCCCUGUACAGGUACAGGGCAGCAGGAGUCAGAGAGACUCUGUUGUGGUACGGCUGGAGGAAGAGCUGGAUAUGGCUGCCGACUGUAAAGAGGACAACAGGUAUCCCCCUGGAGUUCCUGGGUUUCCAUCCGCUGAUGCAUCCCUACAUCCCCCCAAAAGGCCUGAAGACUCAGAGAGAACCAUUGCCUGGGGACCAAAGGUGCAGCGUACUGGGCCAACUGCAGCUGAAGACAAGGAGAACUCACAGACACAGACACAGACAAAUGUGCCCAAGAAAAGGAACUUACAGGAGGAACUGAUCUCCUUCAGUGGGUUCAGGUCCCUGGCUGAGAGGAACAGGUGUACACCCAUGAGGAAAACCAAACCAGACAUACAGGUGCAGCCACCAACGUCCGUCAGCAAGCACAAGUCCAACCUCACGACGACCUCUGACCUGUCCUCUGACCUGCCCACCAUGCUGUCGAAGAUGACCAUCGCGGCCACACCCCGGUCGAAACAGCUCAACGCGGUCGGCCUUCCGAGCUUCGCUGCCGGCACCCCCGCGGGAAAGCAGCAGCUGUCGUUUGGAACGCCAAGUCUGAGGGCGACCCCCAUGUCUAAAGCUGCCCCCAUGUCUAAAGCGACUCCACUGUCUAAAGCCGCACCACUAGCGAGAGCGACGCCCCUGGCUAAGGCCACACCCCUGGCGAGAGCGACGCCCCUGGCUAAGGCCACGCCCCUGGGGCUGUCCAGGCAAUGGGGCCCUUCCGCUGAGAACACCAUCACGAACUUUGACUCAGCAUUCAGGAGUAAGGGUUGUGAGAAUAAACCUACCAACAGGGAGAAGGAAAAACCUACAUGUACAAGGGGCCCUGUCAUCAAGCAGUCGUUGUUUCCAUCUUCGCAGAACGAAGCCCAGUCGUCCGGCGCCGCGGGACAGGACAGAUCCACCGCUGCCGUCACUUCUCUCUCACGGGACCUGAAGUUCUGCCACCUCAAGAAACGGGUCGAACUCCAGAGAAGACACGAGGCAAUCUUGAAGAAGUUUGACCUGUGAACCUUUAUAUUCUCAGCUAAGUGUACGUGUACAGUCUGAACUGCUAAAAAAGACCAUGCAGUCUUUUUGGACAGGUGGUCACUUGUGUCAAUGGGAAAAAUUGUCUUAAGGUACCAUCAAAGUGUUUCUUAUUGGCCAGGUGGUUCUUAUGUAGAGGUGGUCACUUGUACAGAUUUUGUCCAAGAAAUGAGUCAUUUUUUUGACAUACCGUAUUUCAUAAUCUACUAGAUACAGAAAUGCAUAUAAAACUUGUUGUCUGUAAUUACCUUCGCAAAAAAAAGGUUAUAUUUUGGGUAGCAUUUGUUUGUAUGUAUGUAGAAGACCAGCAUAGUCCAUGUUGUCCAGUGCUCAUAACAAAGUGUCAUCUUCAAUUCUGAUUGAUUGAAACUUUGCUGUACGAUGUAAAUAAGCACAUUUAUGCUUUGCAGUAAGCAACAUUACAAAUCAUACAACCUGGUGCUAGUUCUAGUAUGCAAACCUACAUGUAUUAUAGCUACCAAGUCUCCUUCAUCCAAGAAGGCUCUCAGCUACCAAUCAUAGUCUAAAAGCCUUCUAAUCGUCAGGAAAUGAUCAAUAAAAAGGUAAUUCAUGUAAUUUCAAACAUUUUCGGUCACCAUUUUUUCGAUGUCAGCUAACAGUAAAAGAGACAUUUGUGCCUUUUCGAUUCCUUCUCUCAACAAACUGCUUAGAUCCCAACAACCAAGUUUUCCUUGGCUGAGCCUUGAAACCGUCUUGCUUGGAUCAUUCUCCCUUCUUCAGGCUCAAGACCCUUGGAUCCCUGCCACUUUUACUUAAAGGAGCUCAUUCUCACCUGCUAAGACACUCAACAACGAUCUUGGUUGAAGCCCUCACACAGGUGAAACGGAAAACCACAUCUUGAAGCGAAAUUCCACGGAGCCAAGAAUAGUCUGUUGUUGGAAGCACGUGUCAGUGGUGGUGGCUUAAAUGUCAGUGAUCAGAGGCAUUCUUGUCUUGAGCUGUGUGAGAAGUAUGCUGACGUACACAUGUAUUAACAGAUGUUUCCAGGCCACUAGACUAUAGCUUUCUUGUACAUACAUUUUGUACUACAGAAACUUAAAGUUGUGAUGAAAGUACAAUGUAUAUUGCUGUAUUAUCAACUUUGUGCUAUAUACCCAGUGUUAAGACCGCCUUAAUGUAGAUUUGUGUCUAUAGUACAUUGUAUUGCAAACAAUAGUUUUGUACAUUAUGUAGUAGAUAUGUAAGUAUCUCAUGUGUAUUGAUAUGUGUAUCAGUAGCUCUAGUUUGUCAUUGUUGACUCUAUU